UCUUCCUGGUCAGCCACCCCCCAGCUCCUCCCGGAAAUUUCCUUCAGAAUUUUUAUCCUUACUAGUAGGCAGGGUUUUUAUUCUUAAUGUCUCAUCUGAAUUCUUUUGCUGUAAUGUAAAAACAUUAGUAGGGACACAGAGAGCACUGUCCUUUUCCUCCAUCCUGCUGCUUUUCCUCUGAGCCAAACACUCUGACUUACCAUCAUCAUAACUGACCAGCAUUUCUGUUGAAUGGCUAGGAUGACCACCUGCUAUGUUGGUGGAUAUUUUAACUUACGGUCUUCCUUGUCUCCUCAAUCCACAGGUGAGUACAAAAUGCCGUGGCCUGUGGUGGGAAUGUGUCACAAAYGUUUUUGAUGGGAUUCAAACUUGUGAUGAGUACGACUCCAUCUACGCCGAGCAUCCUGUGAAGCUGGUGCUGACMCGAGCCAUGAUGAUCACAGCAGAUAUCCUGUCAGGAUUUGGAUUCCUUUUCCUGGUCCUGGGACUGGACUGUGUGAAAUUCCUUCCCGAUGAGCCACUCAUCAAGCUGCGCAUCUGCCUGGUGUCUGGAAUUAUGUUGCUCCUUGCAGGUCUCCCCGGCAUCACGGGCUCCGUGUGGUACGCAGUGGAUGUCUACGUGGAGCGCUCCUCUCUGCUCCUCCACAACGUUUUCCUGGGCAUCCAGUACAAGUUUGGCUGGUCCUGCUGGCUGGGMAUGGCAGGGUCACUCGGCUGUUUCCUGUCUGGCUCCCUGCUCACCUGCUGCAUGUAUCUGUUCAGAGAGACCAGCUCUGGAAGACUCCAUUCUGCUUACUCCUUGAGGAAAGGCUAUUCCUCAGCUGCCACCGUGGUGACAAACAUGCAUUUGCCAUCCUCACAAACAGCCACUGCCAAAAUGUACGCGGUGGACACRAGGGUGUGAGGAGGAGGUAAGUGCUCCAGAAAAGGGCUUUGCUUAUGUUUGGAAUGGAUUGCACAGAGACUCAAGCUCUUGUGGUUGUGAUACAGAUGCAGUUCAAUUUCAAGGAUCUACCGUAUGCUACAAUGUUUGCAUUAUGAGAGCUUCAAAAUAUUUCCUUCAAGAAAGCGAACUCUGAGAAGAUCCUGCWUUAUGGAAUCCUGUUGUCUGGAGUGCUGAGGCCACUUGAAUAAGCACUGACUGAAACAGCCAACACAAACUUUCAGCAUUUGUCUCAGCACUGUUGGUAGAAGUGGGAUAAAUCAGCCGUUCGUGAAUCAGAGCAGAGGGUUCUGCAUGAAGAUCCCCAAACUGCAAGACGGAUCUGUUCCAYGUCUGGCAACAGAGUGUACAAAGCAGAAAAUACUGGCAAAGAGAGGGACUGACUGUUGACCAGCAUCUGGACCCCUGUUCAAAUGUCUGAUCUCUCUUUGGUGCAUUCCUCCCUGCAAAAUACAGUCCUUCUCAGUCAGUGCUCAAAUGUACUCUACAGAAGCUCUAGACUGACCGAAAUCUGGAAAAGGCCAGCUUCAUUCUGCUUAAUAAAAAUGUUGCUUGGACAAAGUGAAUGAAGAUCCAAUAUCUGAACUUGUGCAUUAUAAUGUUUCUACUUUAGUUAGAAAUGAGAAUAAAUGACAGUAAAAUCUAUCAUCCCCUUCUAUUAAAAAAUAUUUAA